UGUGCAACAGUUCCUUCAUCGGCAACUUUCAGUAUCUUUUUCAGUUUUUCACGUACGACACACAUUAUUCUGAAUCAUCUCCACUUAUGCUGCCUAAAAAUGGACUCAAUAACUGUGGAAACGUCAACCUUUACCAAUGCCAAUAAUACAGAAAAUAAUUGUUAUCCAUCCGCCAACCCCGAAAAGCAGCUGUUCGUGGGCCUUUACCUGGCUGUGAUUGUGCUCGGCAUCCCGUCCAACAUCUUCUUUCUGUUUGUAUCGUGUCAGCACAUCCGUCAGAAGAACGAGUUGGGCGUCUACCUGUUUAACCUGGCGCUCUCUGACCUUCUGUUCAUCGCGUGUUUGCCGGUGUGGCUUCAGUUCAUGCUUAACGAUCAAUGGAUUCACGGCGAGGCCGCAUGCACCGUCUGCAUCUUUCUUCUCUUCACCAACUUCUACACGAGUGCGGUUCUGCUCAGCUGCAUCGCCGUGGAUCGCUACUUGGCAGUGGUUCACCCGCUCAAGUUUUGCACUUUUAGAAAGCGCAAGAUGGCGGUGACCGUGAGCGUCACCGCGUGGAUAUUUACUGCCGUUUUCAACGCCAUCACUGUGAAUCUGGACAGCGUCUACGAUAAAGAGAAUCAGGUCUGCUUGGACGUGCAUCCCUUACCCAAAAUGCAAAUGAGGGUAAACAUCGCUCGCCUUAUCAUUGGAUUUCUCAUCCCCGCUGCCGUUGUGGGAUUUUGUUGUUGGCAAAUCUGUCUGGACGUGAAGAGGAACAGGACGCUAGGGUCGACAGAACGCCGGCGUGUGUUUAAGCUCUUAGGAAGCGUUCUGCUCACCUUGUACAUCUGUUUCGGGCCUGUUCACAUCAUAAUGGUUCUGAAGGGUCUAGUGGAAAUAUGUCCACACCCCAACUGGCUCCUCAUCAGCUACAAGCUCAGCAUCCUCUUGUCAACGCUCAACUGUCUGGCCGACCCGCUGCUGUAUUGCUUCAUGAGUCGUGUGGGUCAGGCCAGCGCUUCCAACGCUUUACACAUCCUCAGGAAAACCUGCAAGAGACAAAUAUCACAACCAAAGGAGGAAAUCUCAGGAACGGGUAAAUCCAUGGUUAUGAAGUGUUUUAUGGAGUGUUAAGAGAAUAAGGACUAACAAUAUUGACCAGAAGAAAGCAUAAUAAAAGUCUUAGAAAGCAGUCUGUAGUACACAAGUACAUUGCAGUUAUUCCACUUGGUGGCAGUAGUGUCAAGAAAACAACACUUCAGAUUUUACUCCAGAGAAUUGCUCUGGAUGGAGACAUGGAUGUGUUACUUGAUUUGCUAAUUAUUUGUUUGCUCAACAGAUUUCUAUUCUGAAUCUAAACCUGUCCUCUCAUUCAGUUCAGCGAACCGAUUCGUUCAGAUAAUUGUACAUAUAGAAUUGAUUCAAAGAAAUCUGAUUCAAUUGUCAAAUAUAGAAAAAAGAAAGUGUCAUAUUUAUAAUGACAUUUGGGACCCUGGACCACAAAACCAGUCACGCAGCACGGGAAUAUUUGUAGCAGUAACCAACAAAACAUUGUGUGGGUCAAAAUGAUCCAGUUUUCUCUUAUGCCAAAACCAUUAGGAUAUUAAGUAAAGAUCACGUUCCAUGAAAGAUAUUUUGUACAUUUCCUACUCUAAAUAUAACACAACUUUAAUUUUGUGAGACGAUGCAGCAAAAUCGAAAAUAAAAAAAACACUUAAUAGAGUUAUUUUAGUUUUGAUUUUGGUUUUACUAAUAUUCAAAAUUGGCUUUUGUUUUUAAGUUUAUAUGUUACAUUUAGUUAAAGUUUGAGCAAUUUUGGUAUAUGCUUUUGUCAUUAUUUGUAGAUUUUUUAUGUUGCUAUAAUAUUAAUUCGAAAUUAUCUAAUUCACUUUUAUUUUCAUUUUUGUUUAUUAUAAUAAUUUUAGUGUUUUAACUUAUUUCAGUUCGUUUUUGAGGCAACCUUUCAAUUUUUCCUUAAGUCAAGUUUUUCAAAAUCACAAUGUUUGAGUUGAUUUCAAUGAACAAGUAGUUGAAAACAAUGUCAGUAAACUAAAAUAACCUUGUUACUCACUCAAGAAUGACAUCUAUAUAAAGAUUAGGAUGUUUGCUGUAGGGUUCAUGUCCUCUCCACACAACAUCAUUACAGCAGUAAGCCAAUAGAGAUCUGAAUGACUGAUCUUGUUGUCCAGGUUCACAUUUUACCUCUAGUAUUUUCAAUCUGUCACUUUACUUUCAAACAGGAAGCUUUACAAAAAAAUAGCUUCCUCAAAACUGCAGCAGUGUGUUUAUUUUUAUCUGACACAAAACCUCAAUGUGAUUUUGAGAAACGGGAAGUUUUCAGCAGCGCAGACAGAGAGACAGAGAUCAGGUCAUUUGUUCAGUUUAGAUCAAGCCAUGGUUUCAUUUGCAUUAGCACAUUUACAUCAAGUGGUCAGAAUGAUCAGUAUAGUCACCUGACGUUAUUCUCUGUGUAUUUCUACACUUCCUGUCUAAUAUCCAUAACUUACACAGCGCUGUAGUGUAAAUGACUCAAUAGAUGAGGUUGUUGUGUGAGGUCAGAACAUCCACCAAACACUUACAGGAAGAUUUCAUCAGCAGUAUCUAACGGCUCCUGACAGCUGCAUAAAUCCAGCGUUAUAUCCAGCGUUUAUAUAACAUCCAUCACUGAAAUGCUGUGAACAAACAGACACACCUAAACUUCACUAUCGCAAGAGUAACCAGCUGCAGCGGAACCCAUCUUGACACAGUGCAGACGAUCUUGAUGGUAAGCGGGUCUCCUUCCUUGGAUGGCUCCUGGCUGGGCUCUUUCGUAUUGCCGUACUUUUGGCCAAUGAAAGGAAUAGGAUACAGUGACGACACAGGGAUCCAGAAUUAGAAAAUACUUUCCGAAACAAGUUGGAGUGCUGGGGGAGUGUAUCAAGCACAGAAAUACUACGAAGUUUGUAUUAUAAUAAUGAUUACAUGUUGCUCUGCAAAAAGUCAUGUGCCAACAUGUCAAUGUCUCAGUUAUGCUAACAGUCUGUAAUACACUUACAAUUAUAAUGAUAU